AGCUGGUCACCAUUGUGAAAGGAAACUAUUUUACGAUUUUUCAUAGCUGGCUGGUUAUCCAAGAAAAAAAUUUAUUAUAAAAUGACUUGGUUACACACAUGAAUGAAGCUAUUCUAAGAAUUUUUUUCUCAUAAUUCCCAUCUUCACACUGUGUAGCAUAGAAUAUCUACAAUACAUGUAGAGGUGAUUUUGUUAUCGGAAAUCAAUUGAAGAAGAGGAUGAUCGACGCUACGGUGACAUUUAUACGUGAAAACCUAAAGGAAUUGAUUGAUUCAACCAGUAAGCAGAUUUCUGAAGUGAACGAUAAAGUGAAAUCUCUGAGUGAUGAUCUGGAUUUCUUCAAAGACUUCCUCCAGGAUGCCACAAAAAAACCGAUCGAGGAUCCAGCCAUGGAAGCAUUGGUGAAACAAAUAAGAAACGCAGUAUACGAAGCAGAAGAUAUUGUGGAUGAAUAUGUUAUUGAGGCAGCUCAAUACAAAUCCAGUAGUAUGUUUAAAAAAACAAAGCAUCCACUGGAUCAUCCCACGAAGCUUUUAAAUCUGGCGCAAAAGAUUAAGCCCAUGAAGGCGAUAGUGAAUGAAAUAAUCAAGAAGAAGAAGUCUGACGAUGUGGCCAGGCUCGAUGGGGGAGGAUCUAAACCUGGCAAAAUAACUAAGGCUCCCAUCGUACAGGAAGAACUUGUGGUAGGUAUUGAAGACGAGGCAGCAACAGUCAUCAAUCUUCUUACUAGAGAAUCUGAAGAACUGGCAAUUGUAUCGAUAGUUGGUGUGCCAGGUCUUGGUAAGACAACACUAGCUAAAAUGGUAUUUCGUGAUCCUAAAAUAGAAUUCGAAUUUUACAAUCGUAUAUGGGUUUAUGUUUCUCAAGAUUAUAAUAGAAAGGAAGUUUUCCUUACUAUUCUGGAUCAAAUCACCAAGGUCACUGAUGAGAUACGUAACAUGACAGAAGAAAAUUUAGCUCAAAAACUCCUUGGAUCUUUGGAGGAAGAGAAGUAUUUAAUUGUCAUGGAUGAUGUUCGGACUCAAAAUGACUGGAAUCAUCUCCGAGUUGCUUUUCCUAAGAACAAGAAGAAAAGUAGAAUAUUAUUGACUAGUUGUGACAAGAAUAUGGGUAAGGAUGCCGACUGUAAAGUAGAACGCCAUGAUUUGCGAUUUCUAAACAUUGAUGAGAGUUGGGUGUUACUUCAAAGAAAAGCACUUGGCUUGGAGGAAUGCCCAGAGGAUUUGGUCGAACGUGGAAAGAAUAUAGCUGCUGAAUGUGGUGGACUACCACUGAAGAUAGUGAUGAUUGGAGAAAUUCUACUAGAAAAAGGUACGGAAAGAUCUCAUUGGGAAGAUGUUUCCAAAAAUGUGAAGGAAUAUAUUUUUGAAAUGGAUCUAGGGAAGAAAAUGGACAAUUUUAUAGCAUGGAGUUUUAAUCACCUACCUUAUCACUUGAGAGCGUGUUUUAUAUAUUUUGGGAUGCUUCCAGAAGACUAUCGUAUCUCGGUAAGGAAACUAAUUCGCUUGUGGGUUGCCGAAGGAUUCAUACAACAAAAAGGGGAGUUAAACUUGGAGGGUAUUGCAGAGGACUAUCUAGUAGAUCUUGUCAACAGGAAUUUAGUCAUGGUUGAAAAAUGGAGGUCAAAUGGCAAGAUUAAAACUUGCUAUGUUCGUGACAUGAUCCAUGUGUUUUGCAAGAAUAAAGCAGUUGAGGAAAAUUUUUACCACGAAAUCAAACGGUCUGAUCAAAUUACUGAUUCAUCUUCCAAAGAUGACUCCAAAAUUUACCGUGGCCUUUCUAUUCCACCCCAUUUUCUGAGCACUAUAUCUCCAGAAAAGUUUGGUUCACAUGUUCGGUCUUUGUUGUGUUUCCCCAAUGGCGAAAUUCCCUCGACACUUGCAAACAUUUCUUCCAUCCCCAAAACAUUUAAAUUGCUCAGGGUAUUAGAGGGUGAGCCCAUAAGUUUCAGCCGUUUUCCUACUGACCUAGCUCUACUGGUUAAUUUGAGGUACCUUGUUCUCUCCGUCCAAUUCAAGAUCCUUCCUAAAUACAUUACCAACCUUUGGAAUAUGCAAACUCUUAUUGUCAAUACAUCAUCAAAUGCCCUUGAAAUCAAAGGAGAUAUAUUCAAAAUGGUUCGGCUGAGACAUCUAGAAACAAAUGCACCCACUUCUUUUUCGGACCCCAUAUCUAAAAAAAGAAACAAUGAAGAAGGUUCUUUGAUAAGCUUAAGAACACUUUCAACUAUAUCACCUGAAACUUGUUCAGAAGUUGCAUUUGACAGGGCUCCUAACCUAAGUAAGUUGGGUAUUCGUGGUCAAUUGUCUAAACUCUUCGAGGUCAAGGGUGGGUCUAGUUUGUUUGACAAUGUGAAAAAGUUGAAUUUCCUUGAAAAUUUGAAGCUAUUCAAUGAUGUGGUUGAUAUGCAAGAUUCCAAAGGGAAAACAGUUAGCCCUCCAGACAAAUUUCCACCAAACCUAAAGAAGCUAACACUGUAUGGCACACAGCUUGAUUGGAAUUACAUGUCUACACUGGGAAUGUUGGAAAACCUUGAGAUCCUCAAGUUGAAAGAAAAUGCAUUCAAGGGAAACUCGUGGGAGCCAAAGGAUGGAGGUUUUCCUGCUCUUAAAAUCUUGCAUAUUGGAAAGACAGAUUUAACUAAUUGGGUUGCUUCUAGUAGUCACUUCCCAAGUCUCAAGAGUCUUCAUCUUCAACACUGCACUUACCUCAAUGCAGUCCCAUUGGGCCUUGCGGAUAUUGCAACCCUCCAGACAAUAGAGUUGUACAUGACCAACGAAGCAGCAGCUACUUCUGCCAAGAAAAUUCAAGACCAAAAGAAUGAAUAUCGGCAAGCAAAUGAAGGCAAGGGAAUUAAAGUUUCCAUUUAUCCUCCUGAUCAUGAUAAAUGAUGAUCUCUAUUUGUUCAAUCUCUGAAAUGCCACAUUCCCAGAUGAUUCAUCGUACAACAACGCCAAGGAUAUGAUGAAUAGAUGAUGAAGAUCAGAUGCAUGAAGUGAUGGCUUCUCUUCAGUCUUGUUUCACUUGCUUGAAUAAAAGACACUAUCGAAUUUCAUCUUAUGUUCAACUUCAGAAAAAUUGCAUUUGCUUUUAUUCAAUGUAUUGAAUGCUGCUUCUUUUGUGUGUGUGUGUGUGUGGUGCCGAAUAAGAACGUUGGGUUUGAGUUGUCGUGAACUUUUGUAUCGUACUUCUGUGGUCUAAUGAGAACAAAGGAUUUGAAAUUGAUGUCAGUUUGUUUGUAGAA